AUGUGGAAACCAUCAGUUGAAAUGAAAAUGCAAUGGGCCAUUAAAAGUUCGUUAAUUUGUGAUGCACGUCCUUGGCUUCCAUAUACUGAGUUUUCAGCGAAUUGUGAUGUGAAAAAGAUCACAUCUGUGUCUUUAAUUAUGGACGAAAUCAUUGAUAUCAUUCAUUUUAAAAGUUUAUUUGUAUGCCAAAUUUUCAGCAAAUCACAUACAGUAGUUCUUAAAAACGGUGUUAUUGCUUGUUGGCAUCCUGAAAAGUCAUUUCCUUACGAACACUCAAAACCUAUUGCUGCAGAAGAGCUGCAGAGUGUAAGCCAGGUAAUUCAAAUGGAAUACGAUUCAUUUAACUCUAAUAUUCUAAGUAAAGAAACCAAGCGUAUAGCUGAAUUACGAGGUUCUUUAGCACGUACAGGUCCUAGUAAUCACAUGCUUCGAGAAAUAUUCUAUACUGGAAAACACGAGUGGUAUACAAGAUAUCGCGAAGAAAGAUUACGUUCUGUAGCAGCACCCGAUCCUAAGAGACGGUAG